UGUAGAUGCAUGUUGAUUUUUGGACAAAAAUUUUAAAUGUGGGUUGUUCAUAUUCGAUCUAUACAACCUACACUCUGAGCUGGUUUUACUUGUGGAUUCUGCAGACUAUGUAGUCACCAAAUCUAAUAAUACAAUUUUCAUUAUUUUCAUUGGUUAUAUUUUAUUUAUGAAUUGAGCAAAUUAUUGUUAUGUAAGUAGAUGUCAAAGAUCAUAUAGCUGUAUCCAGGCCAAUUCGUAUUACCCGCACUAUAUAUACAGGUUUUUUAUAGAAAUGUUUUGCUUGUAAAACUCUGGUAUAAGACAAACAAUAUGUCUCAUGUGAAAAUGUGAUAUAGAUGAACUCAAAACAAAACCAAUCAAGAACAUAACUAAAAGAAUGAAUAAAAGUAGUAUUUUCUAUUACAUUUCAUACCUUUUCCUUUUAGGUAGUUUGGAGGAGCAUAUUUGUUAGGAAUGUUCAUUCCCUAUAUAAUGUGACUUGUUAGACAAAAAUCUUCACCACCACAAAAUUUGUCACCAAACCUUUGCCAAAAUGGUGUUUUUUUCUCUCAGGCCUUGGUUUGGUGUUAUGCUCUAUUCCCUCCUCAUUCAUUUUCUUUCGUUUCAACAUUGCUGUGCUGAUGCGAACUCAACACUGGUUGUAAAUGCUUCCUUUGGUAAGGGGAAUCCAAGGAGAAUUCCUCAAAGUUUUCAUGGAGUGUUCUUUGAGGAGAUAAAUCAUGCUGGUGCUGGGGGACUGUGGGCAGAACUUGUAAGCAAUAGAGGCUUUGAAGCUGGAGGACCAGACAACACCUUAAAUAUUUAUCCUUGGUCAGUUAUUGGAAAUGAGUCAUCCAUUUCUGUAUCAAUAAACCAUACCUCUUGCUUUGAGCGUAAUAAAGCUGCAUUACAAAUGAAGGUGUAUUGUGGGGGUCUCAAACCUUGCCCAUAUGGUGCCGUUGGUAUCUCUAAUCCUGGCUACUGGGGCAUGAAUUUGGAGCAAGGAAAGAGGUACAAGGUGGUCUACCAUGUUAAAUCAGAAACAAAGUUUGAUUUUCAACUUUCAUUCACGGGUGUUGAUGUUAAGACAGUGGCAUCAAAUACCAGGCAUGUUUUUGGAGAUAAAAAAUGGAAAAAGGUGGAGACAAUAGUGGAAGCAAAACAUACUAAUCACUAUUCAUGUCUUCAAAUAACCACAACCAGUGAAGGGACUUUCUUGUUAGACCAGGUGUCAGCUAUGCCAUUGGACACUAUUAUGGGCCAUGGCUUCAGAAAGGACCUUUUUCAAAUGGUGGCAGAUUUGAAACCUAAAUUUCUCAGAUUUCCUGGUGGUACGUAUGUUGAAGGUGUUCAUCUGCAAAACAGAUAUCAGUGGAAAGAUACAAUAGGACCAUGGGAAGAGAGACCUGGACAUUUCGAUGAUAUUUGGAACUAUUGGAGCGAUGAUGGAAUUGGUUAUUUUGAAUAUCUUCAACUAGCAGAGGACCUUGGUGCAUUUCCCAUAUGGGUGUUCAACGCUGGUAUCAGCGUUCGUGAAGAAAUUAAUGCAUCAGCCCUAGCUCCUUAUGUGCAAGAUGCCCUGGAUGGCAUUGAAUUUGCAAGAGGCUCUCCUGAAUCAAAAUGGGGUUCUGUUAGAGCUGCAAUGGGACAUCCUAAACCAUUUGACUUGAGAUAUGUUGCUGUUGGAAAUGAAGAUUGUUGGCAUUUUAAUUAUCAAGGAAACUACCUUAAGUUUUAUGAGGCUAUAAGAUCUGCCAACCCAGAUAUUCAAAUUAUCUCAAAUUGUGAUGCUUCUACUGCACCAUUAAAGCAUCCAGCUGAUUUAUUUGAGUUUCAUAUUUAUACAGACUCCAAUGACAUGUUUUCUAAGUCCACUCAGUUCGAUCACACAUCACGAGCUGGUCCAAAGGCUUUUGUGAGUGAGUAUGCUGUGUGGAAAGAAGAUGCUGCAAAUGGAAGUCUUUUGGCUGCUAUAGCUGAAGCUGCAUUUCUUAUUGGACUGGAGAAGAACAGUGAUAUUGUCCAGAUGGUUUCUUAUGCGCCACUUUUCUCGAACAUAAAUGACAGGAGAUGGAUUCCCGAUGCAAUUGUGUUUGACUCUUAUCAGCUCUAUGGAACUCCUAGCUAUUGGGUUCAGAAACUUUUUAUUGAGUCCACUGGAGCAACAUUUCUUGACUCAACACUCUUUACAUCUUCAUCUAAUAAACUUAUUGCAUCUGCAAUUAUUUGGGAAAAUUCUGCAGAGAAGAAAAACUACCUAAGAAUAAAGGUAGUAAACUUUGGAAGCGCCUCAGAGAGCCUUGGCAUUUAUAUAAAUGGGUUGAAUUCAAAUGUGCAACAAUUUGGUUCUACAAAAACAGUUCUUACAUCAACCAACUUAAUGGAUGAAAAUUCCUUCUUGGACCCCAAGAAGGUGGUGCCACUAACAAGUUCACUAGAGAAUGCUGACAAGUACAUGAAUGUUACACUCUCUUCCUAUUCAGUGACAUCACUAGAUUUGCUAAUAUGAUCAGAAGCUAGUCACAGCAUAGGAAUAGUUUCACUAAAACAAAAUGAAGACAAUAUUUUUUAUAAUAUUAUCAAGAUAUGUGAUAUAUUGUCAAAGAGUGGCAAAUGUUAUGUGGCCUUUCCUUUCUCCCAAGUUGUGCUGCAUUGGACCUGAUAUUCAUGGAAGAGUUGAACUAGUGGAAAUUUAUCUGGAAUGUUAGACAUAAAUUAAACCUGGAAACCUAAACUUGUUGGUAUGAACAAAAAAUAUAUACAGAUAGCGAUUGAAAGUAGAACUUCAUCCAUAUGUCAAUGAUGCUUAACUGCCAAAUGAUGUACCAUAUAUAGUUGAAAUCAAUGUUCUGAGGUAUUUGUUUAGACAUGAGAAUUUAUCAAAUCUAUGAUAUUGUUUAUUGGCUA